AUAGCGAUAAGAGAAAGGGCUUUUAAUUUGUUAACGAAAAAGGUAAGUUAUUAACUGAAAUGCAGAUUAAAAAAUUCAGACUGAUAGAAAGAAAAAUGAAAUGCAGACACGCGUUAUAAAAGAAGAGUAUGCUAUAAGAACAUUCUUUAUUAGACAAACCCUAAAUAUCUAAAGCUAGAAGCUGGACAUUUUCAAACCUUUAUGUAAUUUACUAGAACACCUCCAUUUUUCACCCAAAACAAAAUCGAUCAAGGGUUAUACUUUACUUAUCAAGACAACGAGUGAUGCAAUAAAAAGUCAAUUAAACAAUUUUAAAUAUUAAUUACAAUUUAUUAGUUAUAAUCUGACAAGAUGAAAUCAGUUAUAAUAAGCAGAAUAGUUUGGAGUGAUAGGGGAGAGAGAGCAGGAGAGAGAAAGGAGAUCUGAGAUUUUUUUCCGGCGCACGGCCGGCGCGUGAGCGUCCGUGCCGUCGCCGGAAACCUUAUUCUUUUUCAAAGAGGUUUCUUUUCGCCUCUUCUUCGUCGCGUCUCACCGAUCGCUUUGUCGGAGCUCUGGAUUGGAACCAUCCUCAACGGUGGUUUCCUUGCGUGGAGGGAAGACGCGGUCGCGUGGAGGCUCACGGCGUGAGAAGAGAGGCUUGCAUGUGUCAGUGGUGAUUCUGGGAGAUGGAGGCUAUCACAGAUCCAUCGACGCCGUUUUGUUCUCCGGGAGGUGGAGGCUUCCUUAGCUUCGCCGCCGCGGGUUCUAGUUCCCGGGAAGGGGAGGCUUUCUUUGCUCCGUUUUCGCCGGUUUUGGCUCCGGAGGGUAGGGGCUCACAUAGCUCUACGCUGUCGGUUUAGGUCCCCGUUCUCUUUUGGGGUUUUUUUUUCUUGGUCUUUUUUUGUUUGUAUUGGGUGAAAUUUGCGGUGUGGUUCUUGUCGUUAGGAUGGUUGUUCGGAUUUGAAGGGAUGAGCUAUCGGUAGCCGAUGAAGCUCUCCAUCGAUGGAGACGACGACAUGAGAAGGAAAGCAGUGUUCUUGAGACUCGGGCUUCAUAUGCCCAGUAGGCUAGUUGAUGUUUGGGAUGAGCUUGCGGUUAGUCCGCUGAUGCUCUCCGUGACAAGCGCGACGGUUGAGAGCCGUUCGACGGUAACCGCCGGGAUGAGAGGAGGCGUGAUUAGGUUAAGCCGACAAGGGUUCCUGGGUUAGGGCUGUGUCGGGGUUUGAGUUUCUGGGCCUGUGGGCCGGUUUCUCUAGAGUUUGGCAAGUUGUGGUAACUGGGCCGAGGGCCUAUUAUCUUGUAAUAUUUUUGGGCUGGGCCCUUUCUAUUUUAAUGAAAUAUUGACGAAAAAAAAAAAAAAUCUGACAAGAUGAAAUGGUCAAAUACUUUUAGUCCUAGACGUGUUAAGCAAAAACAUUUUAUUUAUUUUUUACCUGACCUGUAAUGAUCUAAUCUAAAAUUAAGGCUUACUUAUUCAUCCAAGUCAAUUGUUCUCUUUGGUCUAAGUCUAAAUUCACAGGUAAGCAAAUCCUCAGCUCAAGACCAAUUUUUCUCUCUACAUAACUAUUAAAAAAACAUAUCUUCCUCAUAAAAUAGAAAGAGUAUAAGCCAAAUUAACACCAUCAAACAUUCAAGAAGAACAGAACACAGAUCUCUCAUCUUCAAUGGAGAAAAGGUCAAAGUUUUCUUUCUUCUCUUCCUCAUCCCCCAAGUCUCUUCCUUCAUCUCCUCACUCAUUCACCUCCUCCCCAGCUUCUCCUCUUCACCAGGUCUUCACUCAGUCCACCAUGGACGAAGCCAUAGCGAGAGCAGAAGCCAUCAUCAAGAAAUGGGACCCUAACACGCCUUCCUUCACCAAGAUCGUCUCUCUGUUCAACCACAGCAGAAAAGAAGCCAAGGAGUUCAUCAAAUGCGUCCGUGACUUGCGCAAAGCUAUGCACUUCCUUGUCUCUCAAGACUCUCAAUCUCCAAAGCUUGCCCUAGCACAAACCCUAAUGCAAAUCGCCAUGACAAGGCUUGAAAAAGAGUUUUUCCAGAUAUUAUCUUCCAACAGAGACAAGCUUGAUCCUGAAUCAGUCUCCGGUCAAUCCUCAACGUCAACCAACUCCGAGUUUGAAGAUGAUUAUGAUGACGAUGAGAUGAAGAAAGCUAAUGAAUCCAUCACUAAAGUUGAGAAAGCUUCAGCUGUGGUGAUGUCUGACCUAAAAGCUAUAGCAGAGUGUAUGAUCAGCUGCGGAUACGGUAAAGAAUGUGUAAAGAUCUACAAGAGGAUCAGAAAAUCUAUAGUAGAUGAAGGGCUGAGCUUACUUGGGAUAGAAGCUUACAAAGGCUCAAGGCUUCACAGAACAGACUGGGUCACGCUCGACCAUAUGAUCAAGAACUGGACCAAAGCCGCAAAGAUUGGCGUCACUACUCUCUUCCGUGGAGAGAAGUUUCUAUGUGAUCAUGUCUUCUCUGCUUCCAACUCAACGAGAGAGUCAUGCUUCUACGAGAUUGCAAACGAAGCAGCCACUAACCUAUUCAAGUUCCCUGAGUUUGUAGCUAAAGAGAAGAAGUCUCAUGAGAGGAUCUUCUCUUUAAUGAAUCUCCAAGCUGCCAUCUCUGAUCUCUGGCAAGACAUAGAGAUGAUCUUCCACUAUGAUUCAGUAUCCGGUGUGAAGUCUCAGGCGCUCAUGUCACUUCAGAAGCUAAAGGUUUCAAUCCAUAAUGCUCUCACUGACUUUGAGUCAACGGUUCAUAAAGAUUCAACCAAAGCUCUUACACCUGGAGGAGGGAUCCAUAAGCUGGCAAGAACAACAAUGAAUUUCAUCUCUUCCUUGUCUGAACACAGCUCUGUCUUGUCUGAAAUCCUUGCAGACCAUCCCUUACCAAGAAACACUAGGUUACUUGAGUCUUACGUCAUAAUGUUAGAAGAGGAAGAACACAAUCAUGCCCUCUCUGUCCAUUUCGCUUGGCUCAUCCUUGUCUUGCUAUGCAAGCUAGACACCAAAGCAGAACAUUACAAGGAUGUUUCACUCUCCUACCUCUUCAUUGCAAACAACCUUCACUUCAUCAUUGAAACGGUACGUUCAUCUGAUCACCUCAGACACCUCCUUGGAGAAGAUUGGAUCACUAAACACGACGAUAAACUCAGCGCUUACGUGGCGAACUAUGAGAUAUCAGCAUGGUCCUAUGUAUACAUGUCAUUGCCCGAGGAACCAACAGAACUAUCACCAGAGGAGGCCAAAAUAUACUUCAGAAGGUUUCACUCGGCGUUUGAGGAAGCAUACAUGAAACAAUCACCACGAGUUGUGCCAGAUGCGAAGCUUAGGGAUGAGCUGAAGGUUUCGAUAGCAAAGAAGCUUGUACCGGAGUACAGAGAGUUUUACGGGAAGUACUUACCAAUGCUUGGUCAAGAGAGAAACAUUGAGAUGCUGGUGCGGUUCAAGCCAGAUAAUUUGGAGAAUUACAUCUCUGAUCUGUUCCAUGGAACUCCAAUACUUGCUUCAUCUUCUGUUUCUUCAUCUUCUUCAUCAUGGAUGUCACUUGGGCGUGUUUGAGGCUGAGAGACUUGUGUGUUGCAUUGUGUUUGUGUCUAAUGUCUUUAUGUACAAUAGAAAAUGUAGAUGGAAAAAUAACAUUUGAGAUUAUUUACUCUUAAAAAAGACGAGUAGUGUCUUAAAACCUAAGCUAUUAUCUGGUAAUGAAUUUGUUUCAGGGAACAUACAUACAAGAAGUCAGGUACUUCAUCUUACAGAACAAAAAGCAUUAGAAAUCUGUUUUUUUUUUUGAAAGAAACAUUCAUAAAUCAGGACAAGAACAGCUCUUCAACGAUUAAUGCACCAGCCGGGAAAUCAGACAGACCAUACAGUAAACAUAACGUGCUGAAGAAGAAAACAAUGGUGAAUAGUCACUCGGAUGCAUCUAUCAUCAACAUGAAAAGAGUCUGCGCCAAUCAGAGCAUCGUAUUGUCAUGUUGUGCAAAGUAACAACUGUAAAACCAAGCACAACAACAAGAAAGCAAACUAAGCAACAGACAAGGUUAAUAGCUUGAACAUCGUGAACAAAGACAUCUAAUCUGACCUAGAAACAGUGAUGCCACUGCUUUGUCUGGGGAUGCCUAGAAACAAGGGGAAUAUUUUACUCUUUAUUUUACAAAACUAAUAAAACAUAAACUAAUUGGUUACUAAUAAACCGCAUUAACAAGGCCCGUGUGAAAUGAGCUCUAAAGUUUUGACCACCAUACUGAUCUUCCAUUCAAACAUUUAAGGGACAGAAGUAACGCCACAUGCUAACUAAAGUAACACUUGUAAUCCUAACCUAACUUUUUUUUGCUAUCUACCUCUCUCUUUAUAAUCACCCAACCCAAGAAACUUUUUUCAUUAUUAUCAUCAAAC